AUGGGGCUCAUAUGGGACCUCUUCCACCUCAAUCGAGAAUCUAAAACUGCAGUCAUCAAGUACAUCAAAGCCGUCGUAGCUGAGCAACAAAGUCAACCGUUGACCGAAGAACAACGAGACAAUCUUUCGUAUCAGUACUGGGACAAUGAGGAGCCUGAAGAGCCGUACAUGGCCUACGAAGAGGGUAUGUUUCAUCCUGUUCAACUUGGCGAUCAGCUUGGAAAUGGCAAGUACAUUAUUGUGAACAAACUUGGAGACGGCUCCUUCUCCACAGUGUGGCUUGCACAUAGCACCAAGACAGGAAAGAAGGUUGCUGUGAAGAUCUGUGCCUCGGAAAGUGAGAGUUCAUCGAAGGGUGACGAGAUGAGAAUCUCAAGGAUGCUUCGAGACGACUCGUCCCAUCCUGGCCAUCGCGUCAUAGGCUACUACAACGACAAUUUUCUUCACCAUGGGCCCAAUGGUACCCACGAAUGUCUUGUUAGCGAGCCAACACGUGCCACGAUAGCGGAGAGCAAAUUCAGAGGAUUCGUAUUCCCUACUGAGAUUGCACGAGCUUUGGCGGCACAACUGGUGCUCGGGGUUGCAUACAUUCACUCAAAGCAUAUUGUGCAUGGUGAUCUCCACGGAGGGAAUGUGAUGCUAGCUAUGCCGGCUGGCGAGUUCGCUUGCCUGACAGUGAAAGAAAUCUAUGAGAAAUACGGGAAGCCAAUUAUCUUGCCGAUGGAUCUUUGUGUGGAGGCUACCGAUUUCCAUGAAGAAUACCCUCUGCCAAAGAACGCGCCCCCAUACAUGCUAUGGAAGAUGUUUCUCACGCAGGACUGUGACGACCUGGAACUGUCGGAAGCACGGGCACAGAUCAAGGAUUUUGGUGAAUCAUGGCAACCGGAGCUAGUGACGCGGUACGAACUCAACACGCCCGAGCCAUAUCGGGCCCCCGAAUCGAUGAUCGCCAAGAAGCUACAAUUGCCCAUCAGCUAUCCCGCUGAUGUCUGGGCACUGGGAUGCUUUGUCUUCGAGCUUUACGGCAGGAUGGACAUCUUCGAGACAUACUUUCCUGGUUACGAUGGUGUCUUUGCCACAAUGGUCCAUUGUAUGGGCAAACCCCCGGCAUCGUGGUGGGACGCCUGGGAAAAGCGCGAGAAGUACAUUGACGAUAAUUGCAACUACGUCAGAAAGGGCAAGUCGGAUCCGACACCUGCGGAGCCGGACACAAUCAAACUACGAGUGCUGGAGGAGAUCCCUGACCACAGAGCCAUGAACAGGUUUCCUGAAGAGAAGACUUUUGUGCCUGAGGAGGAGUUACAGGACCUGGCAGCGAUGUUGAUGCGGAUCUUCCGUUGGGAGCCCGAAGACAGGGUGACAGCAGAAGAGCUAAUCAGCGACCCAUGGAUGCAGAAAUGGGGCAUUCCGGCGAAGGAAGCCAUGGAGGUGGCUUACGAGAAGAGGCGCAAGGAGCACGAGAAGCCCCCGUUCUUGUCGAAGUCGGUGGCCGUUGGUUUAGCGGUCGGCGCUUUUGACAGACUGGCCUACAUUCUGUCUCUAUUGUCUCAAACUUCUUGGUGGCGCAAUCUGAAGUGGGCUUUGGGGGCAUGA